AUGGAACGGAUCAUAAACACUUUGAAUUCAGCUGAUUCUACACCAAUGAUUUCAUCAACGACGCCAUCCGACGAUGAAGAUGAUGUAGAUGAUCAUCAUCAAGUUCCUAUUUCAACAUCAGAUUUAAAUUCUGUAAUAACAAAUAAUGGCGUCGUCAGAUCCCAUACAAUUGUAAACAUAAAUAAUAAUGAUAAUGAUUCCAGUAAUAUUGAUGAUUUAUCUUCUCUUAUUCAAACUGCAACAUCAACAACAUUAGAUACUUCACAAUGUAAUUCAUGUUUAAAUUUAAAUAGAUCAAAUAGUGAAAUAAGUUUUGUUCAACCACUUAUUGAACAACAUCAAACAAUAUUACCUAUAUAUACAUCACCUAUAAAUAACGAUGAUGAAAGAAUAAUACCAUCAUCAGCAUCAUCAACUAUAUCAUCAUCAACUAGUUCAAAUAGUUCAAUUAUACCAAAUUAUCGUUCAUAUAUGACAUUAUAUUUUACAGAUAUGUUUAUAUCUGCAUUUAUUAUAACACCAUUUGUUAAUAUACAUUGGCGUGGAGCUUGGGAUUUACUUGAUAUACAUUUACUACCUGAUUAUCCAAAUACAAGUGCAUUCAUUUCAAUGGGUAUUGGAUAUUUUAUGCUCUAUAUAUUAUAUUUAACACAAAGCUAUUCACAAAAUUUUUAUGAAAAAAAUCGGCAUAAUAUUAUGGGCUUGAUUAUGACAAGGUUAUAUACAUUAUUACUUGCAUUAGCUUAUAUUAAUCAAUGGCGUGGUUUAUGGAAUUUAUUAGAUUUAACAAGUAAUGAAUGGUAUCAUUUAUUAGGUGAAACAGGAAUUAGUGUUAUAUUUCUUUUAUUAAUGAAAUCAGUUUAUAAUCUUAAUUCAGCACCAUUUUUAAUUGGUAUUGAUACUGAGAGUUAUUUUUUACUUGAUUCUAAAUAUACUGUUUCAACAAAUCGUUUUUUGCAAUAUAAUUUUGAUUUCUUUUUUUAUGAAGUAGUUGAAGCACCACUAUUAACAAUAGCAUGGCGUGGUUUAUAUAAUCUCUCUGAUAAAUAUAUAUAUCCUGAUAAACGAGAACUUUCUAUGAUAAUAUCAUUUGCUAGUGGCUAUUUCAUAUAUUUUAUUCUUGGGUUUAUACAAGUUCCGAUUGUUCGAUGUUUAUUAAAACAACGUCACAGAAUUUUACAUUCAUUUGUAUCAACAUUAUUUCAUUUAAUUGCAUUUUUAAGUGCUGUGCAAAUAUGGAGAAGUUUAUGGAUUGUUUGUGAACAAUAUCUUAAUAUUCCUGAUUAUCACAAUACAACUCUUUGGAUUUGCUAUGGUGCUUCUUUUGUUGUGCUGACAUGUGGCUUGGCAGCAUGUUCAUUGAAUGGACCAGGUGGAUCUAAAGAUAGUUAUGUUGAUGAAGGACCAAUACUUGUAUUUAAAUUUGAUUAUUUUUCAACAUUACUUAAACUACAACGUACAGAUGACACUGUAUCAAAUCAGACACCAUCCCAUUCGGGUGUCAUUUUAUGGUUAAUAGGACGUGUUUUGAGACAACAGCAACAAAGUCGAAGUGCUUUAAAUCAAUCACGAAGAAAUAGUUUUGGUCGAUUAAGUUAUUCAAAGGUCAAUAAUGGUAUUAGUUUAAGUCCUGAUAUAUCAUCAACAGAUACAAUUGUGACUGAUAAACGACUUUAUGGAUUUAAACCUCCCUAG